GCCUUUCCCGCGCUUUUGUGGCAGAGGAAGAAGGGGAAGAAGGCUUGUGGUGAGAGUCCUCUAGUGUUCUCCUCCCUGCUGCACCUCCACCAUGGGCACCAUCGAUGUAGUGAACGACCAGCGCCUCAGGGACAUCCAGAGGGAGUACCUGGAGUUCCUGGAGGAUGAGGAGGACUCCGGGGUGUACACGCAGCUGGUGCGGGACAUGGUGACCAGCGGGGACUGUCGCCUGGUUGUUAACAUAAAUGACCUGAGGAAGAAAAACCCACAGCGCGCCACCGGACUUCUGAAUGAGGCAUACGAGGAACUGCCGGCGUUUAAUCGAGCCCUCAAGGAGUUUGCUACAUCAGUGGACGUUGAGUUUGCCAAGAACAAUGAGGAGCUGUUUGUGGGGCUCGAGGGCAGCUUUGGGAGCAAACACGUGUCGCCCAGAACACUUACCGCCAGGAACCUCGGGAACAUGGUGUGCGUGGAGGGUAUCGUGACAAAGUGCUCGUUGGUGCAGCCCAAGGUGGUGCGUUCAGUCCACUACUGCCCCGCCACCAAGAAGACCAUGGAACGACGCUACACCGACUUAAUGUCCUACGACCCACAGCCCUCCAGCGCCCUCUACCCCACCAAGGAUGCGUCAGGUAACCUGCUGGAGACGGAGUUUGGGCUGUGUGUGUACAAGGACCACCAGACCAUGUCCAUCCAGGAGAUGCCGGAGAAGUCCCCGGCGGGUCAGCUGCCCCGCUCAGUGGAGGUCAUCCUGGAUAAUGACCUUGUGGACCGGUGCAAGCCAGGGGACAGGGUGCAGAUUGUGGGUAUUUACCGGUGCCUGCCGAGGAGACAAGGGUCCUUCACCAGCGGCACCUUUGGCACCAUCCUGCUGGCCAACAACGUGGUCCUAAUGAGCAAGGAAGUGUCGCCGCUCAUCUACACAGAGGACGUCCAGAAGUGUAAAAAGUUCUCCCGGCAGAAGAAUCAGGACGUGUUUGAGCUGCUGGGCAAGUCGCUGGCCCCAAGCAUCCACGGCCACGAGUACAUCAAGAAGGCGCUGCUGUGCAUGCUGCUAGGCGGCGUGGAGAAGGUGCUGCCCAACGGGACGCGCCUCAGGGGAGACAUCAACAUCCUGCUGAUGGGUGACCCGUCCGUGGCCAAGUCCCAGCUGCUGCGCUACGUGAUGAACACAGCACCGCGGGCCAUCACCACCACCGGCCGUGGAUCGUCGGGGGUGGGUCUCACGGCGGCCGUCACCACAGACAACGAAACCGGGGAGAGGAGACUCCAGGCCGGUGCGAUGGUUCUGGGUGACCGAGGCAUCGUGUGCAUCGACGAGUUUGACAAGAUGAGCGACGCCGACCGCACGGGGAUCCACGAGGUGAUGGAGCAGGGCCGCGUGACCAUCGCCAAGGCUGGGAUACACGCCAGACUCAACGCCCGGUGCUCCGUCCUCGCUGCGGCCAACCCCGUCUACGGCCGCUACGACCAGUACAAGACCCCCAUGGAGAACAUCGGCCUCCAGGACUCACUGCUCUCUCGUUUUGAUUGCCUCUUCAUCAUGCUGGACGUGGCCGACAACGACAGCGACCGCAGGAUAGCCGAUCACGUGGUCCGCAUGCACAGAUACAGGUCACCGCGGGAGCAGGACGGCGAGGCGCUGGGGAUGUGUAUAGGGCAGGAUAUGCUGUCCACCACUAACCCCGACGCUGUAGUGGAGGACGAGACCGAGACUCCCAUCUACGAGAAGUACAACGCCCUUCUCCACGGCAGCCUCAGGUCCAAGAAAGACAAAAUCGUGAGCAUUCAGUUCAUGAGGAAGUACAUCCACAUUGCCAAGAGCAUCAAGCCCACGCUGACCAAGGAGGCGUGUGAGGUCAUCGCCGAGGAGUACUCUCGCCUCCGCUCCCAGGACACCGAACACUCCAACAUGGCCAGGACCCAGCCCAUCACUGCCCGAGCCCUGGAGACCCUGAUCCGUCUGUCCACUGCUCACGCCAAGGCCCGGUUGUCCUGCACGGUGGAGGUGGAGGAUGCCGAGGCUGCGAUCGAGAUGGUACAAUAUGCAUACUUCAAAAAGGUCCUGGAGAAGAAAAAGAAGCAGAAGGUAGAUGAGGACAGUGCAACGGAGACAGAAGGGGAGGAGGAGGAGGAGGCCGAGGGAGGAAGGAAGAAGAGGAAGAGGAAACCUAGCGGCGACAAGGAAAAGAAGUCCAAGAAGCCCAAGAAGAAGCCCGGCGAUGAAGGUUACGACCCCUACGAAAUUGACGAUGACGAGGAUGAGGCGGCGGAGGGCACACAGACGCUUGCCUCACCCACGCUGUCUGCCGUCCGGAGCUCAAAACGCCCUGCCGAGGAAACAGCAACACCCGCCACGCCCAAGGAGAUUGCGGAUGAGCGACUGGAUGCUUUCAAAGCCUCCCUCCUGAAGCUGCUCAAGGAGGAGCGCACGCAGAUGGUACCGAUGACCCGAGUGAAGGAUUACGUCAACACAGCGCACGCCGAGCAGCCCUUCACCGAUGACGAGUUUGAAGCCGCCGUGGAGAAGAUGACGGACGCAAACCAGAUCAUGGUGGCUGACGAAAUGCUCUUCCUCAUCUAAAAGGGGGCACUCAGGGGAGGGAGGGAGGGAAUGAGGGACCAACUUGGAUUUACAAAAAAAAAAAAAAUCAUGUUUAUGCAACGUGUUCAUCAAAAAAGUGCAUCAUCAGUAGCUGAUUAUGUCUACGGUAUGUAACAGUAUUGUACCAUCAUUAAGUUCUUCCAUACAGUUUUGUGUCAUGACUCGGCAUAGAGGAUGUAAGUAAAUCACAGUUAGCAAACUUUGUAUUUUUUGCAUUUGCCAGUUUAUUGUUUUGUCUUUAUGAAAGUUUUAUUUGUAUUAGAUGUUAUGGCUUUCCAAUAAAAUGGCAAAUAACUUA